UUGAAUUGUUAUAUAGUUCUCUGUGAAGAAGAGCAGAGAUGGAAGACCAAGGUUUCCAUGUUAGAUCAAACAGUUUGCCUUCAAGAUCACAUCCAAUCAGUGCAACAGCAGAGGAAGAGCUGAACAAGCUAAAAGCUUGUGUCAUGGUGUCACCAAAGAUGAUCGGCAAAUCAUUAUUGAACAGUCUUUGUGUUUUCUAUGACUGCAUUGAAGAGUUACUUCACUUGCCUAGCAACCAACAAGUCCUUUCUCAUUCUCAAGAGAAGAGAUGGGUGGAAGAGGAGUUGGAUGCUUCGUUAAGGUUGGUAGAACUCUGUGGUAUCAUAAGAGAUACAUUGGCCGCAACAAAAGAGCAUGCUCAAGAACUUGAGAUGGUUCUAAGAAGGAAGAGAAGCAUGACCAAUGAAAGCAAACGGCAGUUUCACAUUCAGUCAGAUAAGAAGACAAGAAAGAGUAUCAAGAAUUGUGUAAAAGCAUUGAAGCAAAUGGAUGGCAAGGACUCUGAUAGAUCAACAGUGUCUAAGAUGUUCACUGAAGCAAGAGAUGUCACCAUAUCUCUCUUGCAAUCAGUUGCAUCUUCUUUAUCUCCAAGCACCACACAGAAGACCAACAGAUGGUCUUUUGUCUCAAAGGCAUUGCACAAGAAGAAGGUGACAUGUGAGGAGUUUGAAGAUUCAAAUUGCGGCGAUUUCUCAUUCAAUUCAAUAUAUGAGUUUGUUUCAUGCAAAGAUAUUGAUGGCUUGAGAGCGAUGAAGGCACAAGAACGAUUGGCAGAAAUGAUGAUUAGCUUAGAAAGGCUUGAGAUAGAAUUAGAGUCUCUCUACAGGAGACUAAUUCGAAACAGAGUCUCCCUUCUCAACCUGCUAAGCCUAUAA